AUGGUACCAUACGAAUUUCGUCCAAAUCAAAUUUUUGAUGAAAGAAAACAUAUUAUUGACGCAGUGGCCAAACAAUAUCUUGAACAGGCUACUAGUGAUGUACAUCAUCUUGUUCCAGUCAAAGUCGCUCCUAAUGGAAAUUGUUUGUACUAUUCUAUUCUUGUUCUAAUGAAUAAUCCAGCAGUGACAACGAGUGAAUUACGAGUUCGAACAAUUAUUGAACUUGUUACGAAUGAAACUUAUUAUUCAAACACGUACUCACCUUUCGUCGGUCCUAUCGACAUUGCAAUCCAAACUGUAUGUAAAGAUCAUACAUUUUCUGAAUUGUAUGAAAUUGCUGCAUUAUGCAAUGUACUUAAAUGUAACAUACGAACGGUCUAUCCACAAAUUGACGUCGGAAACUAUACAGCUAUGGCCAAUAAUAUCUUUCAUCCUUGUCUACCUAUUGUUGCUAAUUGUGAAAUUAAAAUAUUGUGGUCACACACCUUAAGCGAAAAAGAAGCAAGAAUUGUAAAUAACUCCACAUGGAGUCCGAAUCAUUUUGUUCCUCUUCUGCCACCAUCUGUUCAACGUGAAUUCGAUACUAAUAAUCAAUCAGCGUCAAUUCUUGUGACUCCUGAAAAGCAAACAUUUAAGAAUAAUUCUGUUAUCCAAAUACGAAUUCCUGAAUUUCAAUUAACUCCUAGCAGACGUUUACGAAGUGAAAUUAAUAUAGACACUCUUUCUUGUCAAUCGAUCAUACCCGAUGAAAUAUUGAAAGAUCAGAAUGACAAAGAAGAACACCGUCAACUUCAACUUGAAAAGAAACGAGAACAAGCUCAAUCUAGCCGAACGAAUGAAACCGAACAACGGCGCCAAAAUCGACUUGAAAAGAAGAGAGAACAGACUCGAUCCAGUC